UCGAGAAGCGGCAGCUCGAUCGCGACGCGGUCGGCGGCGUUAGCGGGGCCAUGGGCGGCGGCGUCGCGUUCCCGGCUGUCGUCGUCGCCUGCGCCGCCGUCUUCCUCGUGGGCACUGCGUCGGCGUCCUGGCACGCGCAGGUGUUCGAGGUCGGCGGCGCGAGAGGGUGGGAGAAGCCGGCGGCGCCCAGCGACGAGAGCUACGACCACUGGGCCGCGAGGAACCGCUUCCACGUCGGCGACUUCCUCCACUUCAAGUACGACAUGAACGACUCGGUGCUGGUGGUCACCCGCGACGACUACAAGCUCUGCGGCGCCUCCAGGCCGGCGCAGCGGUUCGACGGCGGGGACACCAGGUUCUGCCUCGACCACGGCGGCUCCUGCUACUUCAUCAGCGGCGCGCCGGGCCACUGCCAGGCGGGCCAGCGGAUGAUGCUGCGCGUCCUGGAGCAAGGGCGGCAGGAGGGCGGCGGCGAUCCCGCCCCGCCCGCGGAGGCGCCCGACGACGCCAUGGCGCCCGGCGGCGAGGACGAAGGCGGCUCGUACGAGCCGUCGCCCGGCUCCGGCUCCGGCAGCGGUGGCGGGUCGUCGAAGCCGGGGCACGGAGGCGGCGGUUCCGGCUUGGGGUCGGGGUCGGCGUCCACGCUGCCGCCGCGCGCGGUGGCAGGCGCUGGUGGGAACGAGACCAAUGGCGCUGCGCCAGCGCGUGCACCAUCCUCGUUUGGUGGUUGCUACCGUUACCGUCACGUCGUUUGGGCGGUUGCUCUUGAUGCCAUGCUGCUAUUCCUGGCCGCUUGACU